AUGAAGCCCUCACCUAUUCGAUUCCUCGUCUCGCGACACCUGUGUGUCUGCCGAUCUCAUCUCCCAGCGACCGCCGCCCGCGUGCAACCUUUCCUCCGCCUCAGUCUUGCUCGCCGCAAUGCAAGCUACAGCGCACCCGCAUCACCAGCCUACUGCAGUGGCGAGGAGCUGAAGCGCCGCCAUCAGUCCAAGCCGGCCGACGAUGGCGACCCGAAGUUCGAGCGCGCGCAGACCAUGAAGCGCAUGCGUUACAGCGCGUUCGGCAUUGCCUUCUGUGCCGUGGCUAUGUAUGGAGCUAUUCAGGCCUAUGAUCUGCCCAUUGCAACCGGCACCAGCAAGAGUAGCAGCAGCAGUGGUGGUUCCGUAACGCACAAUGAUGGGCCCGCACCUCCGAGCCCCGACAACGUCAUGCAGCAAGCCGAGCUGGUUCCCACAGGCACGACAUCCGUGCCUUUCUUCCCACGCACCAUCGAGCUCUCCUCGCCCGCCGCCACAUCCACCUCUCAGACAACACCCCAGCCCUCCCUCCCAGCCGGCACGGUCAGGCCAAACGACGACCCCGCCACGGGCAGCACCGAAUACCAGCUCCUCGGCCUCGGCAUCCGCACCGUGAGCUUCCUCUCCAUCCAAGUCUACGUGGUCGGCCUCUACAUCGCGACGCCCGACAUCGCCAAGCUACAGGAGCGGCUGAUCCGCACCAUCGACCCCGUGGCCACAACCCUGGUCCCCGGCGAGAAGGACCAACUGCGCUCCCUCCUGCUCGACCCCACGCGCAGCGAAGAGGUCUGGAACACGCUGCUGCGCGAGGCCGGCAUCCGCACCGCCCUGCGCAUCGUGCCCACGCGCAACACCGACUUCAUGCACAUGCGCGACGGCUUCGUGCGCGGCAUCACCGCCCGCGCCUCAUCCCCGCUCAUCGCUCAAGAUUCCCAGUUCGACCCCAACGGCACCUUCGGCAAGAGCCUCAAUGACUUCAAAUCCGUCUUUGGCGGCGCCUCGCGCAAGAAACUGCCGUUUGGGCACACGCUGCUGCUGGAGCGGGAUGUCCAGGGAGGGUUGCGCGUCGUCUGUGAGGAUUCGAAGCACGACAACGCGAGGGAGGUCAUGGGCGCCGUGGCGGAUGAGCGGGUGGCGAGGUUGCUGUGGCUGUGCUAUCUGGGUGGGAAGAACGUGUCGAGUGAGGAGGCGCGCAGGAGUGUCGUCGAGGGGUGUGUCGAGUGGACGGGAAGGCCGGUGGGGACGGUGGCUACGCAGGUCGUUUAG